GCAGACACUGUAUUUCUGUGAUACUCCAGAAACCCCCUCCUCCUAGCCCCUCUCUGACAGACUGCAUGUGGGGAGGGUCCGGGCAAACUUCAAGCCGAGCUGCUCGAAUGCAGCAGGAACCUUCAAUGAGUCCAGCGGCGAGCGCCGGAGUAGAUUCACGAUGACUGGAAAUGAUAAUGGCAUGUCUACGUGAAGAUUACGCUUUGGAAUCGUGUCUCCGGCUGACAGUGGAAUUGCAUCGCGGGACCCAUUAUGCCCUCAAGGGAAUCGGCCACCUGUAGCUGUCAGAGGCUUCUGUAGAAAUGAAUGAGAACGAUACGCCAUGCAUGGCGCCCGUGGGCUCCAUCAACAAUUAUUACGACAAGAACUUGAUCAGAUAUUAUUAUAACCUGACUAAUAAGUAUCCAGAUGACAAGUAUUUGACAGACAAAAUAAAUGGAGUGUCUGUCAUCUUCAUGAUCCUGUGUUCCUUUAUCGUCCUUGAAAACCUGUUGGUUCUGGUGGCGAUCUGUAGAUACAAGAAGUUCCACUCUGCCAUGUUCUACUUCAUCGGCAACUUGGCGCUGUCGGACAUGUUUGCGGGCAUCACUUACAUCUUCAACCUUGCGUUCUCAGGUGCAUGGACCAUGAGGCUGACUCCGCUGCAGUGGUUUUUCCGAGAGGGCACCAUGUUCAUCGUGCUGUCGGCCUCAGUCCUCAGUCUCCUGGCCAUCGCUAUUGAGAGGCAUGCCGCCAUUGUGAAAGUCAAACUGUACAGUAGCGACAAGAACAGUCGGAUGUGCCUGCUGAUCGGAAGCUGUUGGAUUGCUUCCGUGCUGCUGGGCGGGCUGCCCAUCAUGGGCUGGAACUGCUUGUGUCACAAGAGUGGCUGCUCCACUGUGCUCCCGCUCUUCUCGAAGAACUACAUUCUAUUCUGCAUCACCCUCCUGAGCAUCAUCCUGCUGUCCAUCGUCAUUCUGUACGUGCGGAUUUACCUGAUUGUUCGAUCGAGCCACUGUGAAACGGCGGCCCCACAGACCUUGGCCUUGUUGAAGACUGUGACCAUCGUCCUCGGAGUGUUCAUCGUGUGCUGGGCACCCACCUUCAUCAUCUUGCUGCUGGACUUUGCCUACAAGUGGAAUGAAUGCAAGAUUCUAUACAAAGCCGAGUAUUUUCUGGGCUUGGCCACCCUCAACUCUGCCAUGAACCCCAUCAUCUACACCCUGAGGAGCAGGGACAUGCGCAGGGCAUUCCUGCACAUUCUCUGCUGCAGCUCGCUGAUGGGCAAAAAGGCACGGAUGGACACUUGCUUCGCCACGCUUCAACACCCCAGUACCUUGGAUCGAUCUUACCACAAGCACGAGGCACUAGACUCGCCAAUGAUGCCAGAAUGUACAACCUUCGUGUGAUGCCCGUGGUUGCCAAAGGCUAGGUGGUGAGGGUCAAGGUCACGGGCACAAUCAACACAUGCAUUCCCCACACUAGCUCUACACACUUGGCCUUGGUCAAUGCCAUGCCAGCCACCUCUCUGGCAUGGGGGAACAAGCUGGAUAGCAGCCAAACUGACCACAUCAGCUGACCAGUGGGGUUUAUAUUCUGAUGCCCUGGAACCCAUUUGCCACCAGCCAAAAAUAAAUUAAUAACCUUGCCAAGAGGACAUUUAGCCUCAUCAGGAAUAACAGGAUUCAAGAGUAUGCCAAGACUCUGCAACCUGGCGAGAGCAUGUUGCGAACGUAUUUCUCCAACUAAUGACUGGCAUUGCUUGACCUCAACAUCUUGAAGCUCUUGUGAUCUUAACCAAAGGGUUGGAGGUCAUCAGGAGGCCACAUGCAUUAAUGGUGUGUUGCAGAAGAGAGGAAAGUAAAUGUUAUUGCGUUGGGGUAGUAACAAAAGCACAUGCCAUUCUAACAAGACCCAUCAUUCCUGGAGAGAACUCCCAGUGCCCUUACGUGGUCCCUGACUCUGAGAAAAGCAGACUCUGAGAGAAAUGUGCUCGCAACCUAAUAUACAGUUCCCGACUCUGAAACUACCCCCUCCCCAGCUCCACCCCAUUCCUGAUCCAUGGCAAAUGCCCAUGGAGACAGCAAUCCCAGAACCUGAUGGGCGAUACAGGUAUUGGCAUCCUCCAAUCCCAGAAGUGGGAUGGUACCAGUGACUAUCCUUAAAGUAGUGUAUCUUACGGAUUAUGGUUACCCCAGAUCAUUAUAAAUGGUGACAAUCUUUAUUACUAAGUCCUGGAACUCCUUAUUCAAUACCGUGUGCAGGCUUGUUUACGACAGACUACAGCAGGUCUUAAGGGAGACUCAUUGCCACCUUCCUGAAGGCAAUUGGAGAUGGGUCAUAAAUGCCAACAACAUCCACAGACCAUAAAUGAACUAAACCAUAUCCUCUGUGACAGGUUAGUCACUGAACCUUAUUGAGCCCAUCACCUUGGUAACAGAACGACUGACUCAUUGAAUUAGAUCUGAGAUACGUGAAGAUCAAAGAUGUCUAUUUUAAACUCUACACAUGCCCGUUAGAAACAUGUUUUUUUUUACAGUGCUUUGGGUUAGCCUCAAUCUGCUGCAAGGGGCCCUCUGACUUACUCUGUAAAGGUUUCUCCAACUGAACCAUUAUUUUAUAUUGGCCAUUUAGUAGUUUCAUGAUCUUGCUGUUUGAUCAGCCUGUGGAUCAGGCCAGUGGAGCCUUCCAACCUCAGCAUAGCUCCAUGACUCACUCAGUGCAGCCUGUACUCGACUCGACAUUUAACCGUUUCUGUGAAGGCAGACCCCAAAUCAAAGCAUCUAUCCCGGAGAAAACCCUGGUCCCAAUCCCUGGUCUCCCUCCUCCCCCACCUCCUGCCCCCAUUGUUGGGGAAACAUGCACAUUUUCCACAUGUUGGAAAUGGCUUUGUAUUAAAACAGAGUCCAAGUAUAAAAGCUGAAAGAAGAGAUGUGGCCUCAAUUUCCUUGAGUGAAAACAGAAACAAUGUCUAGUGUUUUAAUUAGUCUUGCCGUCGCUUGGCUUCAGGAAAAAUCCAGUGGCAAGUUGGAUAGCACCUGAUGUAUUCCCCAUGGUGAUGCUUUCCUUUUAGGAGAUUAAUGGGAAUGAAUUAGGUGGAACAUCCAUGACCAUUUGGGUGGUCUGUCCCUUGCGACAAAGGUGAACCAAUAGGUUGUUGUGCAGUUUCAAUGUUAAAGUGGCAACACUACAGCUGAAGGCAGUAUUAAAUACCGAAUGUUUAAUGUAUAUGUAACAAUGUAUAAAAUGUCAAAACAUAGAAUAGUAAACGGUACGAGAUCCUAUUCGGAUCUGUUCACUGAAAAUUAAAUGAAUGAAAAAUAAACUUUUUCUAAAAAUC